GCUCGCCCGCGAAGACAACGCCGUCUGUCCAAUGUCACAAACUCUUCCCUCUCAUCAACAUCUCCCGAACGCGAUGCCGAUGAUGACAACGACUCGUUCAUGCUCCAGCCCAACGACUCGCAGUCGUCAGUCGCUGCCUCACUUGACCUCAUGGACGACGUCAACUUCGAGGAGCGCUGUCGCCUAUCUCCCGUUUACCGUCUGCCCGCCGAAUUGCUCAUCGCCAUCUUCGGUCGACUCGCAUCAACAAAAGACCUCAUGUCGUGCAUGCUAGUGUCUAAGGAUUGGGCUCGAAACAGCGUCGCCCUGCUGUGGCACCGUCCACAGACAAACAACUGGGCCAGCAUUCACAGCGUCGUAAGGUCAAUACGCAAGACAGAACGCUUCUUCGCAUACCAAGAUUUGGUCAAGCGUCUCAACCUCUCCACUCUGGCCGCUCAAGUCAGCGAUGGCACCUUGAUGGGCUUGACAGCCUGCAAACGCAUCGAGCGUUUGACCUUGACCAACUGCGCAAAGUUGUCCGAUUUGAGUCUUACUAGCCUCAUUCACGGCAACCGUAGCUUGAUAGCACUGGAUGUUACUCAGCUCGACCAGCUCACCGAUCGCACCCUUGAGCUUGUCGCUCGCAACUGCAUCCGUCUACAAGGUCUCAACAUUACCGGUUGCCGCCGCUUCACAGACCAGUCUCUUGUUCAGAUAGCCCAGAACUGUCGUCAGCUCAAGCGUCUCAAGUGCAACAGCUGCUCUCAACUGACUGAUAUCUCGAUGCUGAGUGUCGCUCAGAACAGUUCACAUUUGCUGGAAAUUGACCUUUACGAUUUGCCAUUGCUCGAGUCAGAGUCUAUAACAGCCCUUCUGACUCAGUGCCGCCAGCUACGUGAACUGCGUCUUGCCCGUUGCCCUCUCAUCACCGAUCAGGCUUUCUUGCAGCUGCCAUCCAAAGCUGCUCCCUUCGAUGCCUUGCGGAUUCUUGACCUUACGGAUUGUCAAGAACUCACUGACAAGGCCAUCGACAAGAUUGUGCAAACGUGUCCGAAGCUUCGCAACCUGAUCCUUGCCAAGUGCAGGCAGCUCACCGACAGGGCUGUAUGGGCCAUCACCAAGCUCGGCCGUAAUCUACACUACAUCCAUCUCGGCCACUGCGCUCGCAUUACCGACGCAUCCAUCAUCGCUUUGGCCAAAAGCUGUACUCGCAUCCGAUACAUUGAUCUCGCUUGCUGUAGCAACCUCACUGACCAGAGCAUCACUCAAUUGGCCAACCUCCCCAAGCUUAAGCGCGUUGGUCUUGUCAAGUGUGCUGCCAUCACUGACAGGAGUAUUCAUGCUCUUGCGACUUAUGGUGGUAGAGUCAUGCAAAAGCCUCGAGACCGCCAGCAGAAUGUCAGCGCUCUGGAGCGUGUCCACUUGAGUUAUUGCACUCUCCUUACUCUCGACGGCAUCCACACAUUGCUUAACAACUGCCCCCGCUUGACACACUUGAGUUUGACAGGCGUUCAAGCCUUCCUCCGCGACGAUCUAACAGUCUUUUGCCGCGAAGCCCCUGCCGAGUUCAAUGACCACCAGCGUGAAGUCUUCUGUGUCUUCUCGGGCAAUGGUGUUCAACGUCUACGCGAGUACCUCAAUCGCGCUACCGGUCCCGGCAUGGAGACAGGCAUGGUUAAUGAUUCUGACGACGACGGCGAC